CUCCAUGUUUUAUUUGUUUCUUUUUUAUUUGUUGUAGCUGAGUGUGUUUGCUUUCAGAUCUGUUACUCUUCUUCCCAUAUUGUGUUAGUUGAUUAUUUUUGUGAAAUUUUAUUAAAGCUUAAUUGUUUUUUUUGGUGCUAUAUUUAUUUUUGGUUUAAGUAUUUUCUUGUUUGUGAUGAGGUGUUAAGUUCUGGAGGUUGCUGGGUAUUGUUUGUUUUCUUGUUGAAUAUGGGCAAUGUGAGGAACUACGACACCACUAAUUUCAAAAAUAGCAAAAAUUGUUCUUUGCAUGUUUUUUUUUGUUUUUUUUGUUGGGUUUUUGGGGUCAACGGUUUCAUUAUUUCUUGUUGGGUUAGCUGGUUUUUCAAUUAAUCCCAUGUUAGUUUCGCAUAUUCUUGCUUGAAUGUUGAUGCAUGUGCUGAUUUUUGUGCGUGUGAUCGUUGGUUUGUUUCCAGGAGAAGUAUUAUAAAUCUCGGCGCCUUUGUCGUUUCCUAUUUUCUUCUUUGCUCUUGUAUUGAUAAGGGGCAGGAGGGAGCAAGGUGAGGAGUAGAAAGUGCGGUUAGUUUAAGCACGACUAAAAUAAUAUCAUGAAAUUUAUGGGGCAAAGAUCCUGACAAAAGUAUGGUGAUUAAGGGAGUUCUUGAAAGGACGAUUCCCUUCUAACGUUUUCUAAGAAAGAAUGGCAAAACAAGUAACAUAUGCAAUAAUUUGAAGAGUGUGGAGUAUAAAUGGAUUGGGACCAGUCUUGAAGAGUGUGGAGUAACAAAUGGGUGGGUAUGGACCAAUCUUGAAUCCAGAGGAGUAGCGGGGGGAAUUAUUGGUGGUUUAGGACAAUGGGAACUGUUCUUGUUAGAUACAUUUUCUCAAUAAAUCUUAUGUCAAUUCAGAUAAAGCUAGUGUUGUCAAAGGCAAACAGUGUUAAAAAGCGCUCCAGGUCUAUCUGAACUUUAAGCACAAAAUGCAAUAAACAUGUGGGCUUUAGUUAAAAAGGCACAACGAAGAAAAAAGCAAAAAUAUGUAUUUAAUAUGCAAAAAGAGUAACAACUUCAUUCAUUAUGUUAUUUCGUAAUAGUUAGUCUAUCUUUUUGCGGAUCAUAUUUAUUGUUUAGUAUAUAUGCAAGAUGGAACUUAUGGGCGAUGAGGUGCACGCCUUGGGUGCCUUGCCUACAUUGGAGCGCAACCUAAGUGAGGGGAAGCUCCCGUCUUGAGUUUCUCUGAGCUUCAAGGCUUUAGCGCUCCUUAUAUGAGCCUUUGACAACACUAUAGCGACGAAGAUGUUGAGCGGAUUCUCCUAGCUUUCGAAGAUUGUAGAUCUAAAAAUACAACACUAUGGGCAAAGUUGUAGGAGGCAAGACGUAAGUGGUGGGAACCUUUAGUUUUCUACUCCUAUGACGGGUUUGGAUAUCACGUGAGUGAUAGGGGGCACAUUAACACCAUUAGGGUUUUGAAUGAAAGGAUGGGAUGUAAAGCAGUGUGUAGGGCAAUGGAGUUUUCGGAGUUAAUCAAUAAACAUUUUCUUAUUUACCUUCCUCUGAAAAGACUGGAUUUACUUGGGCAAGGUCAGUUUAUUCAACUUCUAAAUCAAGACUUGACAAAUUCUUAGCGUUUACCACAUUAAGGCAUUGGUUCUGAAAGUGUUGCAAGUCAUAUUGUCCAAGGUGAUUUUGGAUCAUUCGUCAGUCAUGCUAGCUAUGAAGGAAUUCACGACCCCUUUUAUAUUUGAGAAUGUAUGGUUGAAAGUGGCAAACUAUGGAAAUAAGGUCUUUGAUAGGUGGAGAGGGGAGAUGCUAGAAAGUUUACCAGUAGAUCAUCAUUCCAGUUGGCAAAGAAGCUCAUAUACUAAAACUGGACAUAAGCAUGUGGAAUAAGGAGGCUCUUGGAAGGGUAGAAGUACAGAUGAAGGAGCUUACGGGAAGGUGGGAGUGCUAAAGGGAAGGGGGUUAUAGUACAGGGUGAAAGAAAGGGAAGAGGACAUAACUUUCUUGGCAAUAGCAUAGGAGAAUAGCGACAAUGAAAAUCGAGUGCCUUAUGGAGAAUGGAAACUCAAACACAAAGCACUUUCAUAGGAUAGCAAGGAUAAAUAUGAGAAGUAAGUUCAUACAAUAUGAGUAUGUGAAUGGCAUGUGUUAUAAAUGCGAGGAGGGUUGAGGGACAACUAUUGGAUUUUAUGAAUUCCUGUAUACACAUGGACGUGAGUGGUUAGAGAGAGAAAAGAAAAGAGGUGAGGGAGGUGUUAUAGAGUCGUGCAGGAGAUAAGGCACCAUGCUUCAAUGAAUUUACCUUGGUUUUGUUUCAAUCUAUGUUGCUAGUUCUCUUUGAAAAUGUCACCGGGUGCGUGUCGGAUUCUCCAAAAGCAGUGUAUUUUUGGAGAAUCCGACACAGGUGCGGCAGUAUUUUGGAGUCCCUGCAACAUAGGUUUCAAUAAUACUGGAACAUGAUCAAUGAAGAUUUAUUUUAUACUAUUGCUGCUUAUCAACAGAAGACUCUGAAAGGAAUGUAUUGUGCCAAAAGGGAGGAGCUUUGUGUAUCAAAUACUACAUGCUUAUUAAUCUAGUGAGAAGCAUCUAAUAUAUAAUUUUUAAGGUGCUUUCCAAAGUUUAUCACUUAAGGAGAUGGUGGACAAGACAAUGUUUACAUUCUAAAAUGCGUUUGUUGAAGGAAGGCAAAUUUCUUGUGCGAAAAUGGGUGCAAAUGAAGUGGUUGAUUAUAGAAGUAAGAAAGGCGAGCCAGGAUAUUAUGCAAGCUAGACCUUCAAGAGCCCACAACCAUGUAAUUUGGGAGGUUGUGGAUAUUGUUAUGAUGAGGAUAAUACUUGGAGGUAGGUGGGAGAGUGGAUUAGGAAGUGUUAUAAAAGGCUCGCUUAAGCCUUGAAGCGAGGCUCACAACAUGUUGAGCGCUUUGCCUCACCUAACGGGUGCUUCAGCAUUGUCAUCAAGGCUCUAAGGCAUAUUUUUCCUUGCCAAUGAGCGUAAUCCUGAAGAGGCGACACUAAAUAAUUGAUAUUUCACUUUAUCGUAAAUUUUAUGUAAUUUCUUUGUCCAUAUAUUUGGUAUUCAUGCUUAUAGAUAUUAGUCUUUGACUACACCUACAUAAUUUGUGGUUUUUCUCCAUUUAUCCCUUUCUUCAUUAAUUUGCGUUUUGCGCUUAAAGCCCCAACAAACCUUAGAGAGUUUUUGCGCUUUUUGCCUUUGAUAACACUUAGGUUUUGCAUACAAACAAUUAGAUGAUCGAUCCUCGGGAAUGUUUGUGCACACUUUUUGGGAAUUCGAGGGGUCUUAGAUAAGAGACCCUUUAUCAACCAUGUUUCUUUGUUUUGGUAAUGAAAACUUAGCAAGAUGAUGAAUAGAACGGCCAUAGGAGGCAACAUGAGGUGUUUUGUUGCGCUUGUCUAGGGGAAAACAUCGUAAAAAUCUCACAUCUCGUAUUUUCUACAUACUCGAGAAAACAUCGUAAAAAUCUCACAUCUCCUAUUUUCUACAUACUCGAGGCCCACAUUAUUUAAGAGAAUCAACUUUUGUCAAUUUAUAUGGUAUUGGCAAUCUUCACCUCAUGAGCUAGCUUUUGAGGUUGAGUUAGGCUUGAGGUCAUCUUCUUAUAAUGGUACCAAAGUCUUGCCUUGGACGUGCGCUAGGUGUUGAAGCUCGGUGUGACCUAACUGGCACGCUCAGAACAUUUUCAUGUGGUUUUGAGCGGUGUUAGAACUCAAGAUCAACCUUAGGAGUUCGAGAUCAUGCCAAUGGAAGAGGUGGGCAAUUGGGUUGCGGUUUAUUACAUCAAAUCAAAACCAAGAAUCAUAGAACCUGGUCAUUAAAAGAGCUGAGAAGAUGUUAACAGGGUGGCAAAAAAGAUACUUGUCAAAAGGAAGUACUAAUAAAAAAAAAUACACUAUCGAUACUUCAUAAAAAAACACACUAUUGUUCAUCUACACAUACUAUUUCAUUGUUACAGCACUAGCUAGUGUAACUGCUUCAUAUGAACUUAUGGGAUGCAACAGAUAGGUUUAGGAAGCACCAUCUUGGCUGCUAGGAGGCGGUCAUUUGGGUAAAGCACCUUAAAGUGUUUAACAUAGCGUUGCUGGAAAUUAUUUGUGGAGGUUCGGAACCGAGGAGAGGGCUCUAUGGAGGGAAAUGCUAGUAGCAAUAUGGAACCUUGGACAGGGGAUGGAGAACUAGGAACAUCUCUUUAUUUUUCGACUGUGGUCUUUGAAGGAACAUCGUAGGGGAAUGGGACGCCUUCAGUGACAACAUUUCAUUUCGGGUAGGAGAUAAAACAUAAUUAAUUUCAGGGUGGGUUCAGAGAGAAUGUGUUGAAGUCCAUGUUACAUAAUACUGCGUUUUGAUAAGUCAAAAUGUUACCUAAUAUUAUAGAAUGUCAAGUUACAGUACAACAAAUCAGGUGGUCAAAAUGAGGAUGGAGCUCUGUGGAACAUGAGAUUCAGGAGGAGCUUGCACGGCUGGAAAGUGUAACUAAAUUUCAAAGUCUGGUGGAACAACUACAAGCUUAAUUGUUUACACACUAGCCGCGAUUCGCGGAUGUGGGUUAAGCAGAGAUGGAAUGUUUACUGUCAAGUCAUAAAUUCCCAUAAGUUGUUGGUGGAAGAGGAAGCUAGUUUCUCCCAUUCACCAGCUUGGAUACUAGAGCGCCUAAAAAGAUUUGCUUUGCUUGGUAGUAGCAAGGGGUGCCAGCCUGGCAGCUGAGAAUCUGAGAAUGAGGAGAAUUGCAUAUGCACUGUUCUAUGUGUAAAUGCUCAGGUGAAGAUAUGAACCACCUCAUAUUGAAUUAUGUGGCAAUGCUACUGUGGUGAGAAGUGUUAAAUUAGUUUAGCGCACGUUGGGCGAUGCCAGAUACAGUAACCUAGAUGCUACAUAGUUGGGCCCACAAAAGAAGAGAAGGCACUACUUUUGUUGUUCUCUACAAAGAGGAAUAUGAGAGCCUAUUUUUGAUGGGGUAGAAUCUGACUUUAUGCAUAUGCAGAAUAACCUCCUUUUCUAGGUUUUUUUAGGUGCAUCCACGCGGUUCCACUUUGUAUAGAAGACUGGGUGCGCUUUGUAGAGAACCAUAAUUUUUUGUGUAGAUUAUAUACGGGUGUUUCCCAUGUUCAAUAAUAUUAAUUUUUACCCUAUCCCAUAAGAAAAUGGAUAUGAGGAAGGUGUGGAAGAAUAUCUGGAGCAGUAAGGCGCUGAAGGCAGUAGCAUUCUUUACUUGGAGCAGUGAGGGAUACAAUUUUAACAGCCGAUAACUUAAUGAAGAGGAAAUGAAUUGUAAUGAGUUGCUAUUACUUGUGCAAGGAAUAGAACGUGAAUAGAAACCACCUGCUGUUGCAUACCAAAUUUACGGGACAGAUAUUGACCAUAGUAUUCUCGUUGUUCAUCUCGGGGUUAUUAUCGGAUACAGUGGAUGAAGCGAUGACGAAAUGAGGCUACAGAAGAUUGGGAGUGAAAGGGAAACAGCUUGGGGAAUGGCACCGUUAUAUCUAGUUUUUGGACUAUCUAGAUAUAGAUUUAAGGUUUUUUCUUAGUAGGGAGAGAGAUAUAAGAAAUAUCUGAAGGUCAUUUCAUUCUGUUCAUACUAAUGGUGAAAAGAGAAUUCCCAGUUGCUAGAUAGUUUGGUUGAUUUGAUAUAUGGCUGAUAUAUGUAAAGAAGAAAAAGGUUUUGGUGUAUACAAAUGAACCCAUUUUGUAUGAAUUAGUUUGUUUUAUGUAUCGAACGAACAUUUUCUUGUUUGCAAGUUUAAAUAACACUCAAAAGGAUAGGGGAAACUGGAAAAGCGUGCCAAUUUGCUAACAUAAUGAUACACAGCAUUUUAUUUGAAUUUACUUUUCUGAGUGCAUUCAGCCAACUGAUUUCAGUUUCCCAUCUCGCAAAAUUUGGGAAAGUAAUUGUGUUGCACUUCUGCAGCUUCAUUAUGUUUAUCUUCUGCUCUUAGCAAAACUCAUAGAAGUUCCUCUUGUUUGCUCAUUUGUCAAAAAUCAUAUAUGAUCCUUCUCAAUGCAAUAUAACAACAUGUUGUUUUGGUAUGAGUAGUCCGUAAAAUUUUAACUUUGCAGCUUAUUGUGUGUUUGUGUUUCUGUUGAAAUUCUGAAUCUCGGUAUACAUCUUGUCAAAAUUCUGAUCAUGGAAUUUGAAGGCCUGUUCCUAAGAUGUUGUUCACAAGGGUAAUCAAUAUUUCACGAAACUGUUUAUAGCUUAUUUUAGGGGCCUGAGCUGCAGAGAUGCAUCAUCAGUUAUGCAUCUUAACAUCUGAUUGUGUCAGGGAGGGGUUGCUGCUGCUACAUUCUUGUUUGGCUUUCUUUCGUAGAUUUCUGGAGAUUGCUCGUUAAAAUCCUAUCCAGCUCUCUGCGGUACUUAGGUAAGAUAUCUAGAGCUAUUCUUCUUUUAAAAGAAUAGUCACAAUACUUCCUGUAUUUACUCUUCAAUUCUUGUUUUGGGAUCUGUAGGUUGCUCGUUAAAAUCCUAUCCAGACUUCUGUGGUACUUAGGAUGUACUUUAACGAUUCUUAGCCCAAGGCUUGCAGUCUUAACCAUGGGAAGUUUUCGGCGUUCUUAGUGCUUCGUCCAGUGAGAAAGAACUACAGAGAAAUUCAAGUUUAGAGGCCCUCCAAAAAGUCCUGAAAUCUGGUCCAGGGAAAGAUCUUUCAGAGUUCUACCAGGACAAGGAAGGGAAGCAAUUGAUCUUAUCUAAGUGCAAAAUGUCUGAGCAACUCCCAAAGUUGAGUAAAAAGCAAUUUAAGACUCAAGAGCAAAAAAGAGCAUCUUCAAGUCCCAAGGAUCAUUCUUCUAGAAAGCAGCACAGGAAAGGGGAAAACCCUCUCCGAAUCCCACCAGCUACGGAGCCGUGUGAAGAUGUGAAAUGUUCAAAUUCAUGGAUCUGCAAAAAUGCUGCAUGCCGGGCCACUAUUUCUAUAGAUGACACUUUUUGCAAAAGGUGCUCUUGUUGCAUUUGUCACUUAUUUGAUGAUAACAAGGAUCCUAGUCUUUGGUUGGAGUGCACAUCUGAAUCUGGUCAGGGGGGCUCGUGUGGCUUGACUUGCCACAUUGAGUGUGCCCUCCAACGUGAGAAGGUGGGAGUCGUUGAUCUAGGACAACUGAUGCAGCUAGAUGGGAGCUAUUGUUGUGCUUCUUGUGGUAAAGUCUCAGGAAUUCUUCGGUUUUGGAAGAAACAGCUUUGUGUAGCUAAGGAUGCUCGUCGUGUUGACAUCCUCUGCUACAGAAUAUACUUGAGUUACAGGCUGCUGGACGGGACAUCCAGAUUUAAAGAACUCCAUGAAAUUGUUAAAGAAGCCAAGGCCAAAUUGGAGAUGGAAGUGGGCCCAGUGAAUGGAGUAUCAUCGAAGAUGGCUCGGGGAAUUGUUAGCAGACUUUCUAUUGCCAGCGAUAUUCAGUCAUUGUGCUCGAUUGCCAUUGAGAAAGCUGAUGAAUGGCUGGCAACAAAGACUAACAAACCUUCUAAUUCCUCAGAGGGUUCACUUCCUGCAGCGUGCAAAUUCCUUUUUGAGGAAGUGACGUCAACUUCGGUUGUAAUUGUUCUGAUAGAAGUAUCAGCUGAAUCUUCUGAAGAUGUCAAGGGCUACAAGCUCUGGUACUGCAAGGCCAGAGAAGACACUUAUACACAAGAACCUGUUUGUGUCUUUCCAAGAACUCAGCGAAGGAUUUUGAUAUCGAAUUUACAGCCUUGCACAGAGUAUUCUUUUCGGAUAGUUUCCUAUACAGAUACCAGUGAUGUGGGACACUCUGAGGCGAAGUGUUUCACAAAGAGUAUUGAGAUAAUACACAAGAAGUCUGAUUCAGUAGCAGGACACAAAAGGAAGGUGAAUCAGGAUACUGGAGGAAGCUCUGGCUCCAAAGAGGGCUACUACACUGGAAAAGACAUUGAGUUUGAUUCUGGAUUCAAGGUCCGAGACCUUGGUAAAAUUCUAAGACUGGCAUGGGCUCAACAGCAAGGAUGUUUAGAGGGAUUUUGUGGACCUUCAUUUGCAAAAUGCUGCGAGUCUUGUAGUACUGUUAAGCCUGAACCUGUACAGGAAGAGAGGAAGCCAUCUACUUCUCGCCAGCUUGACUUAAAUGUUGCUUCAGUACCCGAUUUAAAUGAAGAGUUAACCCCCUCGUCCAGAGAUGAAGAUACUGGCUGCACUUUAGGGCAGACUGUUGAAGCAGUUGAUGAUGCCACCUCUCAUGACAAUGAGAGGAAUGGUCUUGCCGGAUCACAUGGUAGUGGAGAUUCCCAGAACUGGAACCAGGGGAAGAAUGGAGAUGUAUCAGCUGUUGGUUCUCAGAUGGAAGAUUGUCGGAAGAGGGGAACUAGCAAUAAUCGUGAGACACAUGACUCUGAUAGCACCUUGGUCAAUGGUUCACCUAUCCGAAUUCGUACAGGGGGCUUGGAUGAGAACUUUGAAUACUGUGUUAAGAUCAUCCGUUGGCUGGAAUGUCAGGGUUUGAUCGAGAAGGAGUUCAGGUUAAAGUUGCUUACUUGGUUUAGCUUGAGAUCAACGGAGCAGGAGCGUAGGGUGGUAAAUACCUUCAUUCAAACACUAAUUGAUGAUCCAGGUAGCUUGGCUGGUCAAUUGGUUGAUACCUUUUCAGAAAUGAUAUCCAGCAAGAGGCCACCGAAUGGUUUUUGUUGUAAGCUUUGGCAUUAACUUGUGAAGCACAUAAAGGAUCAAAAACUGGUACCUAGGUUCAAAAUUGAUUCAGACGAUAGUCUUUGCAGACCAUCUUACUCGUCUGUACACUCGUUUUUCUCUCUCUAUAUUUUGUAGUGAAAUGAUUCAUUCAUGUAGGGACAAACCUGUCCAGCUACAAGAUUUGGGUUGUUAUUCAUGUGGGCAGUUGACUUUUUCUCCAUGGGGGAGAAUUAAAUUGAAUGAAUUCACAUUUGAAGGAAACAAUGUCUCAUUUCUCUUCCUUGAUUGCAUUUGAGGCAUUGACUUUUGGUACUUA